CUUUGUGGAGACCAUGGGUGAUGCCUUCCCUGAGCUUACAAAGAAGCAAGGCGACAUCAAAGAGAUCCUUGACGAGGAGGAAGAGUCAUUCUCACGUACCCUUGAUCGGGGCGAGAAGCUCUUUGACCAAUACGCGACACGUACGAAAGAUCUGGGUGUCAAUGAGCUCAAUGGUGCAGACGUAUGGCGGCUGUAUGACACGUACGGGUUCCACGUCGACCUCACACGGCUCAUGGCGGCGGGGAACUCAUCUCAUCAUCAUCUGGUAUACCGGCGGAUGCAAACUUUGGCGUGCUCGAAUCUGCGAUUGGAUGGUUCCUUGGUCCAUACUCUCCAGCUUUCCCGCCUACCCGCAUGCACGAGCGCAAUCGAGGCUGACACAUAUUACCCGCGACUGAGGUUCGGCCCUCCUCCCUUUCAUCCGGUUCCGCACAAUCUUCUCGAGUUUCGAAAGCAUACUCAUCAAUGCAAUCAAUGUUUGCGCAUGGCUUCGUUCCAGGGGAACUUCUUCGUCUGCUCUACUGACCUUCCCGCGGUGCCCACCAAUCAGUCUUACGCCGUUGAGAUCCAGAUCGAGUAUACUCUUACGCAACCAUUUGUAGUUAUGUAG